AAUAAACUCGAGAGUUUUUUCGAAAAUGUCGAGAACAUUAGCAACUACAUUAGCUUUAACUUGCAUUUUUGGCACCUUGGCGGGGCCGUGCAGCGGUGCGACCGGUGGUGCAUUACAGGUAGGGUUCUACCGAGGAAAAUGUCAUUCGGUUGACGUGGAGGCGAUUGUUGGUGGUGUUAUUAGAGCAUGGUUCUCAAGGGAUUCUACCAUUGCUGCUGCUCUCCUCCGCAUGCAAUUUCAUGACUGCUUUGUCAAUGGGUGGGAUGCAUCAAUCCUACUGGAUGGAAAGAGCACAGAGAAAACUGCUGUCCCUAAUCUUAGCGUUCGAGGCUAUGAAAUAAUUGAUGCAGCCAAAGCUAUUGUGGAAACAAUCUGUCCAGGGGUGGUUUCUUGUGCUGAUAUUAUUGUUAUGGCUACUAGAGAUGCUGUUGCCCUGAGUGGAGGGGUACGAUAUAUUGUACAAUCUGGAAGAAGAGAUGGAACGGUGUCUCUUGCUGAGAAUGUGAAUCUGCCAGCUCCUUCAAUAUCAGUAUCAGAUUCUAUCAAAGCUUUUUCCAAGAAGGGACUUGAUUCUACUGAUAUGGUUUAUCUUCUUGGUAGCCACACGGUCGGAGUCGCUCAUUGUUCGCUCUUUCAAGAUCGUCUCUACAACUUCCAGAACACAGGCAAACCUGAUCCAACCAUGGAUUCCACGCUACUAAACACACUAAAAACAAGAUGCCCUCAGAAUUCAACUGCUGAUAAACCAGUUAAUCUUGAUCAAAACCCUUUAAGCUCAAUGACUGUAGACAAUUCUUACUACAGACAAAUCAUUUUACACAGAGGAAUUCUUCAAAUUGAUCAAGAACUAGCCCUUGAUCCAUUAACCAACCUCACAGUUGCAGCCAUUGCUAAAGGGUUAGAUUUUUCGACUCGAUUUGGACAAGCCAUGGUCAAGUUGGGAGCAGUUGAAGUGCUCGCUGGUGCACAAGGAGAGAUCAGAAGAUCAUGCAGAGCCAUUAACACACCCUUGAAGAAUUAGGGUUGAUUUGAAUCAAUCUUGACAGAAUAUUGCAAUUAUUUUAUUUUAUUUUUUUA